AUGGCCGCAUACCCAAGAGAAGUGCCUUCAGGGACCGCAAUUCCUGCUUGGGCAUUCUUGAACAUUACGGUAUUGGACCGCUUCACUGCUGGGGCUGCUCAAGCCUUAGUCGGACAGCCGGAUUUGACCAUUGGAACGCCACAGAGUACUAUAUCCAGCUCCCAAACGACCUCGAGCGGAUCGCCCACAACGCAACCUUCGUCAUCAUCGUCUACUGAAUCAAGUACUCCUACCUCUUCACAACCACAGCCGUCUAGUAAGGACGACACACCGGCCAUUGUGGGUGGUGUCGUUGGGGGCGUUGUCGGCCUUGGGCUCAUCGUCUGCCUCUUCAUCUUCCUCAUGAAGCAUAAUCAAACUAUCAAAGCGAAGAAACGUGCACCGUCUGCCGAGUUUACCAAAAUGAUGCCUCCAGGCAGCCCAGUGCCUGCAAACUUUGACACUGCGGCGGUUGGAUUCAGAAGUGGAACGACUUCUCCGCUCAUGGGUCAUGGACUAAACGACAGCAGCGGGAGUGGAUACCCGAUGGGCAAUGUCUAUCAUUCCAAUACCACUGUCGGGGCGUCGCUCGGAGGUUCGCCAUGGUCGCCCCCUCCCGUAGGCCACACACCAGCGCCGAAUGCUGCGCCCUAUCCAAACGUGUUUACGCCGGCACCUCAGAGUGUCUCGCCACGGCUAAAUCAUCUCAAUUAUACACCACCGCCUGGUAGCAUGAUGAGCGGGGUAUCCUCUCCUUACCCAAAUAGUCUCGCUGGGAGUGCCUCACACGAAGUGGCAUAUAACCGCGCGAAUGUCGCGCUGAAAGCUCUCCAAGCCUCCCCCAACGGAACGCUCCCCACAUUCGUUUUUCUUGUCUCUCGUCGAAUCAUGCGUCAUCUCGCCAGUUCACUCGCUCUGCUAUCUACCCUCUAUCUCUCCGUCAAGGCAAUAGCUGUUCCCGGAGUCGAACCGACGCCUACGACACCAGUCUAUAUUACUUCGACACCCCGAGGGCUCGACGCGCGUGCAGAGCCCACGGAAGGAUAUGGUUACUCCCUCAUUGGAUGCUAUGAUGAGCUCAACUACCCCGUCCGCGUUCUCAACCACCAAGUACCCUGGGAUAAAGUCUCCGUCUCAUCCUGCGUCAAUGCCUGCUUCAACGCGGGACCAUACACGGGACUCUUUGGUCCACAUUACCUCUUUGCGGGCGUCAUCAACGGGGACCAGUGCUGGUGCGACAACGUCAUGAACGUUAAAGCCGUCAAAGUCGAUCAAGGUCGCUGCAAUCACCUGUGCGAAAACGGGCCAAAUGAAUAUUGUGGCGGAUCGCGUGAAUACCAACUUUACUACAGGAGUGAUACUGGUCUCAAUCCGGUCACCCUCAAUCCCGCCAAUCCUCCCUCUGUGGGCGCUGGAAGCGGCUACUAUGCCUUCAAAGGAUGCUGGCCCGACAACCCGCAUUCUCGUGUCCUCAAUGGCCUGUCUUAUUCCUCGGAGCACAUGACCCCACUCUACUGCGCGCAUAUCUGUUGGGCCCAGAGAUUUAUCUAUUCUGGGGUAGAGUACGGCCGCGAAUGCUGGUGUGGUAACACUCUGAAUGUCGGGUCGGCCGCUCCCGUUCAAGAAUGUAACCAAGCAUGCGAAGGCGAUAGCACGUUUGCUUGCGGUGCGCCAAACUACAUCGGCAUCUACCAAGGCACUCCCAGGUCAUAA